UAACAAAUCUUCGUCUCUUUUUCUUCUUGCAUUUUUCAUCAGUUUUCUUUCCUCCCCCACAGAAUAUUUAGGUAGCAAGAUUGGAAUGUGAAGAGGCUGAGGGAGCCUGCAAAGGAAGAGAGAAAUACCAUUCUUUCUUCUCUUUCUCUCUCAUCUCUUCCAUGUCUCCAUCAGAGCCGCCACACCCCUCCAAAAAUCUCUUCUUUCCUUCGUGUUUGAAAAUUUAAUUGCAAGAAAAGAAAGAACAAACGCCUCCCACACAACCCUACCAACAAAGCAACACACAAUUUCCAUUUCUUCAGUCACUGUUUGUGCGAACAUUAACAACAUUAUUACAGGCGGCUAACAGUGUGAUUUAUUAUAUAAACCAUCUUCAUCACAUUUUCUCCCAAUUUCUGCAAAUCAAAGCAGCAAGCAAAGCAAGAAAUCUCUUCCUUUCUUUGCAGAAUAAACAAACGACAGCCAAACAAGGCACAUCAUAUACUCUUCCACCCUCCAUUGUUUCUCUUUUCUUGCCUCCAAGGAUGCUUCCUCAUGCCAGCAUUCUCUUGUUUGGAUUCUUCUUCCUCACCGUCUCUCUCUCUUCCUUUUUUUCAGCCGCUGCUUUCUUUAACCUCACCCUCCCUCAUCAACAUCCCGACCCAGAAGCUGUGGUUCAAGAAGUUCAAAGGAGUGUAAAUGCUUCAAUAUCAAGAAGGCGCCAACUCCUCCCCGGCCCGCCAAUCAUCGGCCAGGCCCAAUGCCUGACCGGCAAUCCCAUCGACGACUGCUGGCGUUGCGACCCCAACUGGGCUGCCAACCGCCAGCACCUGGCCGACUGUGCCAUUGGCUUCGGCCGGGCUGCAAUGGGUGGCAAAGGAGGCCGCUACUAUGUCGUGACCGACUCCUCUGACCACGACAUGGUCAACCCCACCCCAGGCACCCUCCGCCAUGCUGUCAUCCAAGAUGAGCCCCUCUGGAUCAUUUUCCAGUCCAGCAUGGUCAUCAAGCUUAAGCACGAGCUCAUCUUUAACAGCUACAAGACAAUCGACGGCCGAGGGGCCAACGUGCAUAUAACGGGAAAUGGAUGCAUCACUCUGCAGUCUGUUACCAAUGUGAUCAUUCAUAAUGUGCAUAUAUACAAUUGUUUGCCAUCGGGAAACACUAUCAUACGAUCGACUCCAACGCAUUCCGGGUGGAGGGGCAGAUCAGAUGGCGAUGGGAUAUCCAUAUCUGCAGCGAGGAACAUAUGGAUCGACCAUUGUGCUUUGUCUCAUUGUACUGAUGGCUUGAUAGAUGCCAUUUUGGGGUCUACGGCCAUUACCAUCUCAAACAGCUACUUUACACACCAUGACGAGGUUAUGUUGCUCGGUCACAAUGAUAAGUACUUGGCCGACUCGGGAAUGCAGGUAACAAUAGCUUUCAAUCACUUCGGGGAGGGGCUAGUGCAGAGGAUGCCAAGGUGCAGGAGGGGUUACAUUCAUGUGGUGAACAAUGAUUUCACCGAAUGGCAAAUGUACGCUAUCGGAGGAAGCGCUAAUCCGACCAUCAAUAGUCAGGGCAACCGUUAUACGGCACCGAUGGACCCCAAUGCCAAGGAGGUGACGAAGCGCGUGGAGACAGACGAGAGGGAGUGGUCGGACUGGAAUUGGAGGACAGACGGGGACAUAAUGGUGAACGGUGCAUUCUUCGUUCCAUCAGGUGAAGGCCUCAGCAUGCAAUAUGCCAAGGCCUCUAGUGUCGAGCCCAAGUCUGCUGCCCUCAUCGACCAACUCACCAUGAACGCCGGCGUCCUUGGUGGCCCCAGGGACAAUAGUGUGAGCAUAUCAUAUGGGGGUGGGGCCACCACUGGAGCAACCAAACCAGCUACUGGGGGGUCCAGCAAUAGCGGAGGCGGUGGUGAUGGUGACUUCUUUGGUAUGAUAUUUGGGAGCGGCGGCGCGCCACCAACUCAAUUAUCGCCACCCACCACCAUGAUUUUGUCUCUUGUAAUUAUUUUAAUAUUGUGUGGUAUGCUUUCAUUACCCUCAUUAUGACUAUACACAAACUAAACACAUUUGGAAAAUUAGACACAAAAAAAAAAAGAAAAAAGAAAGUUCAAAUUCUAAAUUAA